CAUCACCCAGCACCAGGACAGCCUCAGCCAGUCAGCCACACCAAGACCGUCACAGCACCGCCCACUCACCAACAAGAAGUCUAGCGUCCUUACCCACCACCAUCACCCAGCACCAGGACAGCCUCAGCCAGUCAGCCACACCAAGACCGUCACAGCACUGCCCACUCAUCACAAAGGAGUCUAGAGUUCUUGCCCACCACCACCACACAGCACCGCCCACUCACCACCAAGGAGUCUAGAGUCGUUUUCCCACCACCGCCACACAGCACCAGGACAGCCUCAGCCACACCAACACCACCAUGACUUCGGCGGGCGACCCCGUGAAUACCGCGGCCGACGGGACCAACGAGGACUACUUCGCCAGCUACGAGGACGUGGAGAUCCACCGGCUGAUGGUGAGUGAUGCCCCGCGCACACAGGCGUAUGCCACUGCCAUCAGCAAGAACAAGCACCUCUUUGAGGGGAAGGUGGUCAUGGACGUUGGUGCCGGCACUGGCAUCCUCUCUAUGUUUAUUGCUGCUGCUGGGGCCCGCCGCGUGCAUGCUGUGGAGGCCAGCGGGAUGGCAGCCAUCAUCCAGCAGGUGGCUGAGGACAAUGGCUUUGGUGAUGUGGUACAAGUGCACCAUGCCAGGGUGGAGGACAUUACCCUGCCAGGUGACGAGAAGGUGGAUGUCAUAGUGUCUGAGUGGAUGGGGUUUUACCUCCUGCACGAGUCUAUGCUCAACUCUGUCAUCUGGGCACGAGACCACUUCCUGUCAGAAGAUGGCACAGUCUUCCCCUCAGAGGCCAGAAUCUAUGCCUGUCCAUGCUCCCUCCAGACACUCUACAAAGAGCAGAUCAACUUCUGGGACGAGGUCUAUGGCUUCAACAUGACUGCCGUGAAGAAUUAUGCCCUCAAGUCAAAAAUGAUCAAGCCAGAAGUGUGCCUCAUCAAGGAGACUGAUCUGCUAGCCGAGCCAUCCUGUGUCAAGAGGUUUAAUCUGCGCUGGGUGAUAGAGGAGGAGGUGAAGCACUUCGCUGAGACAACCUUUGUGGGGGUGACACGGCCAGGCACUUACCAGGGCCUGUGCCUCUGGUUUGAGUGUGACUUUGACGGCAGAGAGUACGACGAGGAAGGGCAGGAGGUCGGGGCUGUUGUCACCCUUUCUACCUCCCCCACAAGCCCUGCCACCCACUGGAAGCAAACUGUAGUUGUGCUGGGCUAUGGGGCCAGCCACAUGCCUCAGCAGGUGGCAUUACUGUGCCAAGAGAACCUCAAUGCAAGUACAGACAGUGACAACAGUGCCUCUCCAACUGCAAAUAAGGACAAGACAAAAGUUCCUACUGCAUCACCCCCAAAACCUCUAAAAAAUGGUUCGGGAAAAGCAGAAACCUGUGAUAACACCAUCCAGCCAAACUUUGACAACUGGGUGGAGAAGGACGAGGUGGUGGGGUGGAAGCUGGUAUUUGCUCAGAGUGAGGAGAAUGCCCGCCACUACACCAUGACGGUGGAGAUGCUGGACCCGGAAGUGGUAGAGCAUCCCUUGCCCUGCGCCUGCCCCAUGCCCCGCUGCGUCAUCAUAGCCAAGAUGAUGGAGCAGGAUGAUGAUGGAAACGACAUUAUCGACUGCACAUAAAGAGACAUGAAGUCAUGAUCUAUCCCCGGUUGUUUUAAAGUAUUAUAAACUAUUGGCAAGUCUUCCUGUUUGUAGUUCAUGCCUUAUGGACAUUUUAUUACCAUUGUGCAAUACAUACAAAGAAAACUUAUUAUUACGAUUAUAAAGUGUGUGUGUGCGUUUAUACGAUGCCAAUAAAUUAUUUCUAUAUA